AUGGCCCCCGGUGCCAUGGCGUGUGGAGGUGGCGCCAACAGCAGUGCUGGAGCCCCCGGACAGGAGCAGGGGGACGCUGCCAUCCCCCUGAGCCCCCUGCCUAGUGCCGAAGCCCCCCAGGACCCCCCGGGCAUGGCGUUGCCGCAGUCACCGUUCCGCUACCAGGCACAGGCAGCUCUGGAGGUGGUGGCGGAGGGGCUGCUGGCACCUGGGUACUGGGCCCUCAACCAUCUCCUGGACCUGCAGCCCACCACAGCCGAGCGCAGGCAGCAGCAGCAGCAGCGGUGCGGGCGGUGCUGCGGCUGUGCCAGGCAGGCAGUGGUGGCUGUGGCCUGUGCCACCUUGCUGCUGCUCUGGCUGCCCUUGGGCACGCUGGGGCUGCUGCUGUGGCUGCCUCUGCAGGCGGCCCGGCGACCCUUCGCCUACCAGUACACAGCGGGCACGGUGCCGGCACGGCCCUGGGACCUCCGCCAGCGCCGAACCUUCACCUUCCUCAGUGCCAACGUCUGCCUGCUGCCCAGCGGCCUGGCCAAGUUCAGCAACCUGGGCCAGACGCCGCAGCGUGCCGCCUACAUCGCCCGACAGCUGGCACCGGCCUCACCGGAGCCCGCCGGUGACCGCACCAGCCUGGUUGAGGCGUGGCGUGGCGAUGCCAACAGCUAUGGAGGGACCCUUGGCACCUCAGGGCAGGACGGUGGCAGUGUGGUGGUGGAGAUGCCCUUGAUGGCGGAGUCGGCGUCGCCGGUGCUGUCUGAGCACUUCCCAGAUGACGCCGACUUCGUGUGCCUGCAGGAGGUGUUCGACCCCGUGGCCACCACCAUCCUGUGCCGGCACCUGGCGGGCACCUUCCCACACCUGCUGUGGGACGUGGGUGCCCGGGGGCUGCGGCACGGGCAGCUGCGGGUGCUGGGCAGUGGCCUGCUCCUGGCCAGCCGGUACCCGCUGCUGGCUGCUGGCUACCACGGCUUCCCUAACGGCGCCGGUGAGGACGCGCUGGCGGCCAAGGGGCUGCUGCUUGCCCAGGUGCUGCUGGGCCGGGCGCGGGGCCAGCGGCUCGUCGGGUACCUGGCCUGCACCCACCUCCAGGCGCCCGCAGCCGACGCCGCCAUCCGUGAGGAGCAACUGACGCUGAUGCUGCGCUGGCUGCGGCAGUUCCGCCAGGCGGAGCAGCGGGACGGGGACCUGGUGGCCUUUGACGUCCUCUGUGGGGACCUCAACUUCGACAACUGCUCCUCAGGUGAUGCCCUCAACCAGCGGCACCAGCUCUUCCAGGUCUACCAGGACCCUUGUCGCCAUGCGCCGGGGCAGGACCAGCCCUGGGCCAUAGGGACCCUGCUCAACUACCUGAAGAUCUACGAGGAGCCUGUGUCCACCCCGGAGAAGAUGAAGAGGACGCUGUCCCAGCCGGGUGGCCGCCAGCAGUUCCUGGCGGCUCCGAUCCUGUCCUCGGGCGCCCCGGACCCCGCGGCUGGUGCCGAGUGGCAGGGCCGGCGCGUGGAUUACAUCCUGCACCGCGCGGGCACCCCGCUGCGCACCGAGGCAGCUGAGGUCUCCUUCAUCACCCAGCUGGCCACACGCUCCGACCACCUGCCCGUGGCCCUUCGACUGCGUGUGGCCCCCAGCAUCCCCUGAGCCGCCUGGCACCAGCUCUGGCACUGCCACUGGCACAGGAACUGGCACCAGCAACCAGCACAGGAACCACCACUGGCACUGGUACAGGAACUGGCACCGGCACUGGCACCAGCACA